CCGCAAUCAAACUUUCAAUUUUGUUUCCGUUAGGCCGGACUCGUUUGCUUACAUUGUAGGAGUUUUCCCUGUAUUGUCGCGUAUCUGCGUAUUGCACGUCGAAAGCUCAAAUCUUGGCUAAAGUCACGUUACUGUAUACAGAGAUAUCUUACAUUUCCCGAAGCAAUGACUCGAGUAGUCCUUUUCGGUGCCACCGGCAUGGUUGGUCAAGGAGUACUUCGCGAGGCGUUGCUCGAUGGAAACAUCACAAGUAUAUUGUCUAUCGGAAGGCGACCUAGCGGAAAAGAAGACCCAAAGCUCAGCGAAGUUAUCCUCAAGGACCCAUCCGACCUCAGCUCUCUGGGCGGCCAGAUCACGGGCAUCGAUGCCUGUCUCUACUGUCUUGGGACCUCAGCAAUGGGCAUGAGCGAAAAAGAAUACACCGUCAUCACUAAGGAGAUGACGCUAAAAGUCGCGGACUCGCUCUUGUCCGCCAACCCUGCCAUGCGCUUCCUGUUUGUCUCCGGGGACCGCACGGACGCACGCUCGCGGACAAUGUGGGCGCGUGUCAAAGGAGAAACGGAAAACGAGCUCAUGGCUCGCUCUCCCGCCGGCGCCUUCAUGUUCCGUCCGGGUCUGAUCGAGCCGAUGCACGGCAUACAAGGGCAGCGCUCAUUGCCGUACAGGGCUGCGUAUGCGGCGGCGCCGCUGCUGCGCUGCCUAAGGCUGCCAAUAACCAACACGGAGGCGCUAGGGCGAGCUUUGUUGCAGAUCGCGAAGGGGGGUGCCGCCGCCGCGUCCGCUGCCGGCGCUGCCGGCAAACACAUCUUCGACAACGCUGACAUCAACCGCUUGGCGGCAUCGGCGGCGUUGACUGGCGCCGUAUAGCCCGAUAUAGCUAUUUGGCCUCAGUUUUCCGCAGCUAUUUAUGUUCUGCUAUCCUAACUGUGUCUAUCAGGGCCUCGGGGUCGCGGGUCCGGUGGGCUCUUCACUCAUCGCCACAGCAACAGUAGACGACCUGCUGCUGCUGAUGAUGAUGGUGUUGAUGAACCCUGUACGGCACUGCUUGUCUUCAAAUGUGUACCUGUACAGCACUGCCUGUCUACAAUGUGUGCCGAAUUGGUCUGGAUUGCUAGGGAUAGAUGAUGGCAGGAGGUUUCAACAACUUCGCCGAUUGUAUAUUUAGGCUGUUGUAGUUUGGUGGUUGACUUUGUUACUUGGUUGUUCGGUUGUUCGUUGCUGGGUGAGUUAUACUUAAAAACCCGAAACCCCUAAAACCCAGACAUUAUUCGGUUGCGAUUAAUCCUAUGCUCCGCUUUCACAUUUACGAAUUGGUGUUCACAUGGUAAGUGUGAAAAAAUUAGAACAGGAGGCAGGGAGUGAAACUAGUGGAGGAAAUUACCCUCGGCAAAUAAGAAAAAUUGCGGCAAUGAGCCCAUGCAGGCCAUACCACCUGCCGUGGUGAACUAUCGGUGAGCUGAGCUGAUGUGAUCUGGGCAUUGCGAGGUACCCUAGAUGGGGACUCCUUUUUUAUUUAAUUCGUCCUUUGGUUG